AUGAAAUACUCCACUUCGCCAACCCCCAAUUAUCCAAGAAGUACUUCUCCGCUGCCAGCACCAGCCAACUACCAACCAACUACCGCCAGCGCUUCAGUGAAAAGUUACAAAUAUUUACGGAGAUUGUACAAAUUCAAUCAGAUGGACUUUGAGUUUGCAGCAUGGCAAAUGGUGUAUCUAUUUAUUUCACCACAAAAAGUGUUUAGAAAUUUUAAUUAUAGAAAACAUACAAAAUCACAGUUUGCACGGGAUGAUCCUGCAUUUUUAGUAUUACUCUGUGUAUGGUUAUUUCUGUCAUCAGUAUGUUUUGCGUUAGCAAUAGGCCUGACAUGGAGUCAGCUUGUAUUAUUUGUGCUGUUUGUAGUGUUUGUGGACUUCAUUGGAGCUGGCAUACUUGUGUCUACCAUAUUUUGGUACUUAAUUAAUAAAUAUCUCCGGCGCGACCCCGCCGCCGCGGAUGUAGAGUGGGGCUACGCCUUCGACGUUCAUAUCAAUGCUUUCUUCCCACCGCUGUCUUUACUGCAUUGCUUCCAAAUCAUUCUAUUUAACAAUCUACUUAUGGAGGGUGGGUACAUUUCAUGUUUGGUGGCGAACACGUUUUGGCUGGCGUCGGUCAUAUACUAUCUAUACAUCACAUUUCUAGGUUAUAACAAUUUACCAAUGCUACAAAAUGUGCGGGUGUUUCUACUGCCUCUGCCCGUACUUGUUCUCGCCUACCUCGGUACAUUAAUAGCCAACUGGAAUCUAAGUCUUAUGUUAAUGGAUUUCUAUCACUAUAGAUUGCUGUAA